AUGGUGUUGUUCAAUGAGAGUGUAGAAUGGGAGCACAAGAGUAAAAUUCUAGGAAAGAUGCAUGGUUAUGGCCAUGAUGCCCACGCUGCGAUGCUUCUUGGUGCAGCAAAAUUGCUUCAAGAGCAUUGUCACGAUUUACAGGGAAUGAUGAUUCUGGUUUUCCAACCGGCAGAGGAAGGAGGUAGAGGAGCAAAGAUAAUGUUAGAAGUCGGGAUAUUGGAGAAUGUUGACGCCAUCUUCGGGUUGCAUGUCUCAUCUAGAUUUCCUAUUGGUACAGUUGCUGGCAGGAGUGGCCCUGUCUUGGCUGGGAGCGGUUUCUUUAAGGUUGUGAUAAGUGGGAAAGGGGGACAUGCUGCGAUUUCCCAACAUCCAAUUGAUCCAAUCUUAGCAGCUUCCAAUGUAAUUGUUAGUUUGCAACAUCUCGUUUCACGUGAAGCCGAUCCCUUGAAUUCACAGGUAGUGACAGUGGCAAAAUUUCAAGGAGGUGGUGCAUUCAAUGUAAUUCCCAAUUCAGUUACAAUUGGUGGAACAUUCAGGGCAUUUUCGAAAGAAAUCAUUACGGGACAAGUGGUUGUGCAUAGGUGCAACGCAACUGUCAACUUUGAUGACAAGCCCCUUUACCUCUCAACCGUAAGCAACAAAGAGUUGCAUCGGUACUUUGGAAAUGUUGCAAGGGAUAUGUUGGGUGAGAAAAACGUUCUAGAGAUGCAACCAUUGAUGGGGGCAGAAGACUUCUCGUUUUUUGCAGAGGCGGUUUUGGGAUACUUCUACAUGGUUGGAAUGCAAAAUGAGAGUCAAGGCCAGCCUGGACCGGCGCACUCUCCGUACUUCACUAUAAAUGAAGAUGUACAUCCAUAUGGUGCUGCAUUACAUGCAUCGUUGGCUACAAGAUACCUCAUUGAAUAUCAACAACCCAAGUUUGUUUCAUCUAAGGGAAGUUCUCGUGAUGAAUUGUAA